CAUGUGCUAGAACAGCCCUUCGUGAUAAGGGAGUGAGCCUACCUUCUUCCCAGAUCAUGACAGUAUGUUCGUAAAGAGAUCCGUACUCAGCAAAGCUGAUUCGGUAAAGAGCGGGUAAAACCCCGGUACAUGAGCUGUACAUCGGCCCGGUUAUUGCCGCCAUGCUAUAGCAAUCUAGUGACCUAUGGGGUAUGGGGAAGUGGAUCUGACCUUUGGUGCCUUGAUAGCUCCACACAGACAAAGUUCGAAUAAGCGCGCAAAGUCGAUAAGGGUCGAGUGGCAGCUUGAUAAGGAUGUUUAUAAGUAAACAGUCACUCCGCUCCUGUUGUUAAGCUGUGACAUUACGAAGACAUUUUCCAGCAUCGUCGCAUAUCGGAAUACUACAGCACUGGAGAAACCCUGAGGUUAAAUGGCAACUACCACGAAAAAAAAUAUGGUUGGUGGAAGCACUGUCGAGAAGGGCGAUGAACAGCCUUUGAGCGCAGAUGAGCAGCGACUCGCCGAGAUGGGUCACGUGCAGGAGCUAGAACGCCAUUUUUCAACAUUGUCUCUCAUUGGACUUGCCUCAACGACCACCAUUUCCUGGACAGGGCUUGGGUUGGGAAUUGUUACGGAGAUUAACGCUGGAGGACCUGGAGCCAUUAUAUAUGGAUUCAUAUUCAUCUUCGUGCUGCAAUGCUUCCUUGGCGCAACCCUGGCCGAGUUUGUCUCCAGCUAUCCCACUGAGGGUGGUAUGUAUCAUUGGAUUGCGGCCAUAGCGCCCAAGAAACAAGCUCCCUUUCUCAGUUUCCUUACUGGUUGGUUUACAGUGUGUGGAUGGAUCUUUACUACAGCAUCCACGAACUUGAUAUACGCACAGACACUCGGGGCGCUGAUUGCUUUGUACCAUUCGGACAUGAUAGUAAAGACAUGGGAGAUAUUCAUAAUUUACCAAGGACUCAAUUUAGCAACAGCUUCCGUCGUGUUAUUCGGCAACAAGGUCAUUCCGAUUCUUAAUAAGUUCUCGCUAUUCUACCUACAAAUCGGUUGGCUGGUUGUUCUGGUUACUGUCGUAGCUCGCGCACCUAAGUAUCAGAGUCCUGAGUUCGUCUUCAGCACCUGGAUCAAUAACACUGGCUGGCAAAACAAUGUUGUUGCUUUCGCUGUUGGACUAGUCAAUCCUCUAUAUAGCCUUGGUGGACUUGAUGGCGUAACACACAUUACCGAGGAAAUGCCUAAUCCAUCACGCAAUGCACCAUUGGCAAUAGCCAUCACGCUCAUUAUCGCAUUUUUCACCGGCAUCAGCUACCUCAUUGGACUCAUGUUCAGCGUACAGGAUUACAGCGCACUUGCCACUACAAAAACUGGGCUUCCUUUAGCUGAACUCUUUCGCCAAGCUACGCAGUCAGCAGGUGGCGCCUUUGGACUCACUUUCAUCCUUUUCAUUGCACUGGGUCCUUGUGUCAUCUCUUCCCAGCUGUCUACUUCCCGAGUCCUGUGGGCCUUCGCUCGAGAUGGCGCUAUGCCAUGGUCAUCAACGUGGGCACGGGUAAGCUUGAGAUUUGGUAUUCCCUUCAAUGAACAACUGCUGGUCACGGCCGCCAUUGCUGCCUUGGGAUGUCUUUACCUGGGCAGUUCGACAGCAUUCAAUGCGAUGCUCGGAUCUGCGGUUACCGUUAACAAUAUCACGUACUAUAUCCCCAUUUUGACUAAUCUCCUAACGGGAAGACGGAAUAUGUAUAAGGGUGCUUUUCAUAUGGGUAAAUGGGGCUGGUUUGUCAACGGUGCGACUAUUUGUUGGCUCACCUUUGCCAUCAUCUUCUUCAGCUUUCCUUACUCCAUGCCUGUUCAAGUUCAGAAUAUGAACUAUACCUGCGUGGUUGUCGGCACUUUGCCGAUCCUGAUCAUCGGCUGGUGGUUUUGCAUCAGGCAAUCAUACAAGGAGAAGAUUGCUGUUGCGAAGAAGGAGUGAGUUUCUGAAGAACAAGGAC